AUAUGAAAACUGGUAUAUAAUUUGGUUUGUUUUGUGUACAUAUUUUCGAAAUAUGAUAAAUUUUAUUUCUGAAAGCUAAAAUUUUGAAUAAAAUGUCAAAUUAACAAGAAAAUGGACUGGGAUACGAAAUUUGCCACCAUAGUUGAUGAAACGGAGUCAACUUUAAUGAGAAUAAGGGAAAGCAUAGAAUUCGGUAGAAGUUUAAAAUUGCCUGAUUCAAUAAACGAAGCCAAAUCAAAAACUAUUACAACAAGCUAUGGAAACAAAAAUAUUGAUUUAUUUCGCGAUUUUGAGAAUGACAGACGGAGUGCUUCUAGACAAGAUAUUCCGGCUCUCAUAUCUCUUAUGCAAGACAGAAUCGAUACUCAAAAUAAGACUAUUGACCACCUUUCAAAAAAUUUAUUGAAAUUAGAAGAAGAUAGGGAUACUCAACAAAGACAAAUGAGAAAUUUUCGAGAAGAACUAUCUAUAGUACGAGAGAGACUGAGUGAAAGAGGUGUGGAUUUACAAACCGAACAUAAAUUCGAACAAUGGAAGAGGGAGUUAGCAUCUCAAAUUCAGAUGCUUCAGGGCCGCAUGUCUUUAAUGUCGCAUUCAACAAAUGAUAGUCCUUUGUCAUCAAGUAUACACAGAGAUUUCAUAGAUUUAAAAAGACAUGUUAAUGAUGAAUUAAGGUCGUUACGUAACGAAAUAGAUACUUUGAAGGCUCGAUUAAGUGCUUGUGAAGUACAUGUUGGUGAUGCUUUUACCGACAAACGAUUUGCCGAUAGAUCUUUAGACCGAUUGGAAAGGAAAGUGGAAAACGGCAAUAUGCCGAAAAUAUGUACCGAUGAUAUGACUAUAAGAGAUCUUGCCGAAAGCCAAAGUUAUACCAAAAGAACGCUAAAUCGAUUGCAAGAUGAACAAAACUUUGACAAACAUCAAAUCAAUUUAUUAAAGAAAGAUGUAAGGAUAAACCCAGAGUCCAUUUCGCCCUCGAUUCUGACGAGGAAGAAACACGUUUCUAAGAAUGAAGCAGAUAUAAAUGAAUUAGAUUUAGAUGAAACUGAUGAUACUCUCGAUACAGAUUUUGAAAUUACCGAUACAGCUGAUUUGAUUGAUUGUACAACUACGUUUAAUGAGUUUAACGAGUCCAAAUUGGAUGAAUCAAAAUUUAAGUUAGGAGAUGAUAUAACUUUAAAUGAUUUGGAUACAACAGAUUUUAAUCUUACUACGGAUAUUGAUUUAUCUAUGACUCUUUCUCAAUAGAGAUAUAAGAUAGUUUUUUUUUCUUUUAUUAUAAUAUCUUUUCUAUUAAAUGUAACUGUUUGUCUAUUUUACUACUCGUUUUUGUGCUGCAUCAUCGCUUAUCCGUCCAAUUAGAGCUGCAUAUACUUUAACAAUAAUUGUUUUUCUCUUUUUCUUAUUAACUAGUUGUUUUUUCUAUUAAAAAAUAAUAACAAAAAUGAAUUAAAGUAUUAUCAAUUUCGUAAUGUUUUAAAUAUAAUUAUAAAUCUGACUAUUUUUAACUUUAUUUAACAAAUAAAUAGCUUUACAAAAUAGGAGAAAGUAUAGAUUAUAUUUGAUAUUUUUAAUAGGUUUUAAAUUCAUAUUCUAGAGAUGUGAGAUAAGUGACAAUAGCUGUAAAUUGGAAAAAGCAAAAAAGUCAUGUGAGCGAAAAUUAAAUAGACGAUCUCGCUCAAGCGCUACCUGCAUGUAGAAUAUUCUAGAUAGCUUGAAAACUUUAUUACCAGAUUACUUAUUCUCG